AAUGGCAGCCUUCAGUCAUGCACAAGUGUUAGACCUGUACUGGGCAAUGCUGAGAGAGAGCAAGCAUUUCAACUCCUACAACUACAGAACGUAUGCUGUCAGGAGGAUAAGAGAUGCCUUUAGAGAAAAUAAAAAUGUAAAGGAUCCUGUAGAAAUUCAAGCUCUAGUGAAUAAAGCCAAAAGAGACCUUGGACUAAUCCGUCGACAGGUCCAUAUUGGCCAACUGUAUUCAACUGACGAGCUUAUCAUUGAGAGUCAAGAGAAGCCAAGGACCUAGGGACCAAGUCACCAGCAGCAGCCUGUGGACCACCUUCAGCAUCCAUUCGUGUGCAGCCUGGGGGCUUCCAAUACCAGCUGAACAUAGCUUUUUGCUUCUCUGACCUAUAGAAGAUGAAACUGAAUCUUACUUGCAUUCUAUUGCAGUCUCAGUGUGAAAGAAUGGCUGUCCUUCCUCUAUUCAAGUGUUAGAAUGAAGAGCUGGAGAUCACUCACAAUAAUACUAUGUAUUAUUGAGUCUCUUCUCCACCCUAUCCCCAUCUUGCAGCUCAUCCACAUUUGUAUAGAACAUUUGCAAGACUUUGUUUCUUGGUCCUUAACAAUAAAUUGAAUUGUGGCCU